AUUCCCCAAAUAAGCUAUGCAUCAACGAGUAUCGAGCUCAGUGAUAAAACGAGGUUUGGCUAUUUCUCGCGCGUGGUCCCGCCAGACCUUUACCAGGUCAGGGCUAUGGUGGACAUUGUUCGCCACUUUGGGUGGUCAUAUGUCUCUACUGUGGCCGAUGAGGGCAACUACGGGGAGAAAGGCAUCAGUGCAUUUGAAGAUCUUGCAUUAAAAUCAGGUAUUUGCAUUGCUCAAUCAUUGAAGAUCCCGAGAGAGUUCACCUCAGAGACAUAUGACGGCAUCAUGACGUCACUGUUCCUGACAGCAAAUGCCAAAGUUGUGGUACUGUUUGUAAACGAAGACAAUGCCCGGCGCUUGUUAUCGGCAUAUGGCCGAACCAACAAAACAAGUCCGUUUUAUUGGUUAGCCAGUGAUAGUUGGGGGGCCAAGAUCCACCCAAUUAAAGACCAGGAGUUAGCCGCAGAGGGUGCGCUGACAAUUUUACCAAAACGGAAAGUGCUGGCAGGGUUUGACGAGUAUUUCCUGUCAAGGACUCGAGAAAACAAUGAGCGGAAUCCAUGGUUUGAUGAAUAUUGGCAGAUGAACUUCAAUUGCACAUUGGAUCCGACUGUAGAGGAUAAGGCCAUAUGCACAGGAAGAGAGAACAAGGGAACCAGUCACGGUCGAGAUCCCUCGUUCAACUACCACCAGGAAGGCUUAGUCCCAUUUGUAGUAGAUGCUGUCUACGCAUUAGCGCAUGCAGUUCAGGAUUUACUUUUCGAAAAAUGUGGACGUUAUGGGAUUGUCUGCGCAGACGCUGGCCCGUUGUUGGGCCCAACAAUGUUGAAAAGUAUCCGAGGAGUGGUUUUCAUGGGUAGUGCUGGUCGUGUUGUCCGCUUCAACGAUCAAGGAGAUCCAACAGAGGGGAGUUAUAAUAUCUACCAGUUGCAGAGGUCGAAUACGUCCGAGGCUUGGCGCUAUGUCUCAGUGGGAGAAUGGACUGAUGACCUCAAUAUGAACGAAUCUCUUAUAAAAUGGCGGGAUGAGUCGUUAGUGAGACCACACUCCGUAUGCAGUGAAGAAUGUGAACAGGGAUACGCCAAAGGAAACAAUCAGAACGAGAAGAAAGAUCACUGUUGUUGGAUUUGUAUCAAGUGCGGUGACUAUGAAUACCUGAAGGACGAAUAUACAUGCGCCUCUUGCCCUAUUGGAUCUAUACCAAACGAUACGAAGAAUGGCUGUUAUGAACUACCAGUACAAUCCAUGGAAUGGAAUUCCGUUUGGGCAAUCUUACCAGCUGCGUUUUCAUGCCUAGGGAUUAUCGCUACUCUGUUUACAUUCUUUGUGUUUUGGCGUUUUAAUAGGACGCCAUUGAUUAUGGCGGCGGGGAGAGAGCUUUGUUACAUUCUCAUGAUCGGUAUUCUUAUGUGCUACAGUCUCACGUUCGUUCUUCUCUCGCAGCCAUCAACAAUUACUUGCACUAUCAUACGCAUAGGCCUCGGAGUAUCAUUAUCUGUGUGCUAUGCAGCAUUAUUUACUAAAACAAACAGAAUCAGUAGAAUUUUUAAUCGAGGAGUGAAAGCAGCAGUGAAAAGACCUAGUUACACGAGCCCCAGAUCGCAGGUAGUUAUCUGCAUGUGCCUGGUGGCCGUUCAGAUAACAGCCGCUGUCACGUGGUUAGGGAUGGAGCUACCGGGCGUCCGAUUGGUACACCCAGAGCGGGAGAAGGUCAUUCUAAAAUGCCGAACUAGUGACAUAGCAUUAGUGAUAUCACUUUUGUAUAAUAUUAUUCUUAUCAUUCUAUGCACAUUGUAUGCUUUCCGAGUGAGGAAAAUUCCUGAAAAUUUCAACGAGGCAAAGUAUAUUGCUUUCACCAUGUAUUCCACUUGUAUUGUCUGGCUUGCCUUCAUUCCCAUCUACUUUGGAACGAAUAACAAUUUUAGGAUUCAAAUUACAGCAUUAUGCGUGUGUGUCUCAAUCAGUGCCACAGUGACGCUAGGGUGCCUCCUUCUCCCCAAGGUUUACAUAGUUAUCUUCCAACCACACAAGAACGUGCGACAAGGCGGCUCGUCUACCAUUCGCAGCAACGCUAGCUACCAGCGCCAAUACUUUGGUAACUCGAAGCAUAAGAAAGGGCUCGCGGCACAGUUCAACAAUGGAGACAUCACAUCUCCAACUGGACUGGCCAUGCUCCUAGCGGGCGGUCCCGUACGAAGAGGAGUUGAAGAAAAAGACAACUCAGCAGUCAACAGAACGCGGUUUACUUCCAUUCCCGACUCAAGUUCGGGACAAGAUUGCGAUACUGAGAUUGACACAACCCUUCUUGAUGACAGGAUGCCCCAUAUAAAUGAAAUAGAUCGUGAAAUAGAACGAGAAAUGGAUAUGAUACAAAGAAGUGACGAUGAAACAAAAUUAUAGUACACAAACUUAGAUGAUUGAUUUAUAUGUUAGUACGAAAUAAGUGGACAUUAGUGGAAUUGCAAAGUGAAAUAUAUCAGAAACGAUAGUCAGACGGUUGUUUUCUGCUAAUAGAAGCAAUCGACUAGAAAACAGAUUGUCUGUUGAUAUUAUCUCAAAUGUUAUGCAACAUAAAGUGUUUUGUUGGACGACUAGUUGGUUUGUAAAUGGUUUGUCACGUGAUUGUCUUACCAUGUGGACUGGACAGUCAACAGCCAUGACAAACGGAACAAAUGAUUGAAUGCGACUGAUUGUGCACGUAUACCUCUUAUAGAAUAGCUCAACACAGGAGUCAAACCCCACACUGUAAACUGCUUCACUAGAGUGGUUUACAUUUUUAAAUAUAAACCAAAGGAGGAUUGGAAGCCGUUAUUCAAACUCGAUACACCGUUGCCUGGCGUGGACCAAUUUGGUAAAA